GUCCAGACUCAAGAAACACAAGAACAGCACCAUGCCUCCCAAGGCUUCCAAGAAGGGCGAGAAGAAGGCCGGCAAGGCCAAGGCCGUCGGCGAGAAGGGUCGCAAGAAGCGCCGCAAGGAGUCUUACUCCAUCUACAUCUUCAAGGUCCUGAAGCAGGUGCACUCUGAUACCGGUGUCUCCUCCAAGGCCAUGUCCAUCCUCAACUCGUUCGUCAACGACCUCUUUGAGCGCAUUGCCAACGAGUCGUCCCGUCUGGCCAAGUACAACGGCAAGUCUACCAUCUCGUCCCGCGAGAUCCAGACUGCCGUCCGCCUCUUGCUCCCCGGUGAGCUGGCCAAGCACGCCGUCUCUGAGGGCACCAAGGCCGUCACCAAGUACACCAGCAGCAAGUAAAUUGCGCGCAGCGUGACCAACGUGACCGGCAGCUCAACCUGAGCGCCUUUUACUUUUUAUUAACCUCUUUACACUACCAAAACCGGUGUUUCUAAACACCACUAUCUGCUCUAUCAUCUUGAAUCCUGUUUCACGGGCGCUGCCCUCUAUAAUGCCAUCGACCGCAAUAAUAAUAAAAAUCACUUGCGAAUGUGCCAUCCACCCAAUUUGAGAAAACGAUCUGGCUCUUGACAACUUCAUCACUUCACCUAAAUCGUGCGUCGCAUGAUCCUCCUUUUGUUGCUGCUUUGCAGACAUCACGUUCAUGAUUGUGCACCUGGCUUGACAAAUGCCGAGUAGGUGCGGGAUUGAUAUCAUCGUGUCAUGUUUGUGCUACGCGUGCAAUGAAGUGAAUCUGUUCAAGAUCAAGCCAUUCUCAGUCACGAAGCCGGCUGACUGACAUGAAAGUGCGCUUUUGGAGGCUAUCUGCUGAGCGACAAAUUGAGCAGUCAGCUCGCGACCAGGGUGCACCAAGCCCCAAGCGCUCGACUCACUCCCGUGCUAAAAAGUGAACUAUGACUCAGGAAUCCUCGGGGAUCACACGUGCAUCUCACUUAUGGAAUCAAUUGACAUGGAAAU